GAUGGGCUUUGGGAAGAUUUCUUGUCGCACCUGCGAGUUUUCAAGGCUCUAUCCGCCCACAGCGAGUCAGAGUGCCGCAUUCCACGAGUCUUCUCGUAUGUUAGCAAGGAUAAUGCAGGAUGGUGGGAUAUGAAUAAGCCAUUUCUCCCGCCAAGCUCGGAAUUCCCUCUUCCCUCGGUGGCAUUGAUUACGGAACGUAUUAUUCCUCUCCCCAAGGCCAUUCGCCAUGCCCUGAUCGAUAAGUUUUGCCCGGAGGGAUUGCGGGAGGCUGCCAAAUCCUUAUAGAUGAAUAAAGACUGUGUCGCUCGUAUAUACCUCGGCCGCCGUCGCUGCUCGGAUGCUCUGCUCUCGCCCAAUUUCUCUCUACGGAAUUUCAAUUUCUGUCUGGAUCAAAUGCUCGAUCUCGGCCUCCCUAUCAAACAUUAUGCGAGGGCAAUGGCUGAGUGUCCCGCUAUUGUCCACUGGGAAGCUCAUAUAGAUGGGUAUGAUAUCGAGUUUGUCCUGGGAAGUGAGGCCGAGAUUUCAUAUACAAUCCACGUCACGCAAUCGCUCGGCUUGGACGUUGAGGAGCUAGAGAAAUUGCCCAAAUACUCGGACAUGGAAAUUCUAGACUUUAAUCUCUAUAACCGGUUUCCCAACGAUGUCGCCUUUCUCCUUAAGAAUGAAGAGGAGUUAAUCCAGCACCUAGUUAUUGCCUUUUUGAGAAUGACCACUAUUAUUCUUUACCCCUUAUGGAGCUGGAUAUUGAUAAAAAACCCUGGUCUUUUUCAGAUAAGAGUAUGAGAAGAAGGCGGGAGAGAUUCUUGAUAACUCGGGUGUUCUGUAACAUCUUCCUAUAAAGUUCCUAGAUGCCUGCGUAAAGAGGGAGCAGGGAAAACUGGAGCAAGGGCUAGAUCAUGGACAUAGGAAUUUGAAGGGAUAAGAUUCUCAGC